UAUGAUAUUUGUUACACAUCGUUCGACUAUCGCGCGCGCGUCUCUCAUCGGCUCCGCUGCCCCGUCAAACCCAAACACCGGUCGCUCGUCGUGUGCGCGACAGUCGGCCGCGAUCGCGUCCCGAAAAACCGUGUGUUGCGUGCGACUCUUCAGUUUUCGAAACCGCGUUUCCGCACACGCCGCCGGCUCCUGUCCGUCGUGUGAACAGCCAGAAACGCGGGUACCAUGAUCGCGGCAAAGAUGGUGGAACGCGUAGUGCUGGGCACGUUGCUCGUGGUCGUCGCGGCCAGGUGUUACGAUUACGACAAGGUACUACGAUUGUCGCUGAUGUUCUACGAGUCGCAGAGAUCGGGCCACCUAACCGCCGACAACCGCAUCCCGUGGCGUGCCGACUCCGCGACCGCGGACCGAGGCCAAAAUGGCGAGGAUCUGUCCGGAGGAUAUUACGACGCCGGUGACUUUGUGAAAUUUGGUUUCACGAUGGCGAGCACUACGACCAUUUUGGCGUGGGGUUAUUUGAACUAUAAGGACGUGUAUGUGGAAGCUAACGAAUGGCAAAACGCACUGAGCUCGAUCCGCUGGGCGGCCGAAUACUUCAUCAAGUGUCACGUCAGUGACUACGAGUUCUACGGACAGGUCGGUGACUUCAGCUUGGACCAAAGUUUCUGGGGCCGACCCGAAGACAUGAAUAUGUCUAGGCCGGCGUACAAAAUCGAUAAGGAACGACCAGCUUCCGACUUGGCCGGGGAAACAUCCGCCGCUCUUGCCGCCGUGCACAUCGUGUUCGCCGACCUGGACGCAAAUUUCUCGGCCGACUGUUUGAGUCACGCCAAGCAGCUGUACAAGUUUGGUACCCAGUACAGGGGACUGUACCACGACGCCAUCGAAGGAACGUCGCAGUAUUACGAGUCGACCGACUACGGCGACGAGCUGACGUGGGCUGCCGCGUGGCUAUACAAGGCCACGAAGGAAGUUCAGUACUUGGAAGAAGCCGAACACAUGUACGCAAAGUACGGACUCAAUGAACGCCCGAAUGAGUUUUACUACAAUAAAAAAGCCGCAGGUGUGCAGAUGCUUAUGGCCGAACUGACCAACGAGGCGAAGUAUACAGAAGCGAUUCGAAACUUUUGCGAUUACAAUUUAUACGUCCAGAAAAAAACGCCCAAAGGACUGUUGUACAUCGAAAAAUCCGGUACGCUUUGUCACGCAGCGAACAUCGCGUUCUUGUGUUUGCGGGCCGCCGAUAUCGGUAUAAUGUCAACGCAGUACAGGGAAUUCGCUAAGGAACAGAUUCAUUACUCAUUGGGAAACGGAGGGCGGAGCUACGUAAUAGGAUUCGGAAAAAACUAUCCCCGACAACCUCAUCAUGCAGCAAGCUCUUGUCCAAACCGACCGGCGCCGUGCAGCUGGGAGGCGUACCGGAGCCCGAAGCCGAACCCUCAGAUCCUGUAUGGCGCGCUGGUCAGCGGACCAGACGAGAACGACAACUACAUGGACCUGCGGGAGGAGAGCGUGUACAACGAGGUGACGUUGGACUACAACGCGGGCUUCCAGUCAGCCGUGGCGGGGCUCAGGCAGCUGGAACUCGCGGCCGGCGGGAAGAAAUCGUACCGGUCGGAGGACCUGUUCAACUGGAACUGGUCAAACAUUUUCGCGCCGAACGUGACCAACGCCUAACACCGGUCAAGGCGGACACCGUUAAGAGAGAAAAAAAGAAAAAACUUAAAAAAAUAUAAUAUUAAAAAAAACACAUUCCAAAACUUAUACACCCCUUCCGCCCUCUCCCUCUUAUUGUUUUCUUCUUGCUGGCACGCGAUUCCUUUAUUUAUCACCCUGCCCCCUCCCACCCAUGUGUAUUUUUUCGCAUCAAAGGUGACUUCGGCUCAACCACGACCCACGUUGAUUGAUUGACUCGGAAUCCUUCCCCUCCCCUCUCCAUCACUUUAUAUUAUAAUUGAUCAGUGACGUUAGUGGUGCGGAAUAAUUUCUUUUUAUAAUUUUUUUUCGUUCCAGUGGUCUUGCACCUUCGGGUUUUGCGAUCGACGGAACAUCAUUUCUUCGUCUUCAAAUACUUUCAACUCGACAUCGUAUACUUGGAGAUUGUACUUUGAAAUUGAACGUAACCGAAUAAUAAACAGUUCGAAUAAAAUGGAUCGUGUUCCAAGUCACGUUUUCCGAUUAUGUUAUUUUUACGCAAACAGCGAACCUCGAAUCUGCUUCCUGAACAGUACUCUGUUUAGAAAAAAUAAAAAAAAAUGAAAGCUCUAAAGAAUUUUUAAGCUGCUCACUUUAUCUUGAUUUUUUUUUCCAAACACUGACAUCAGUUUUUCAGGGUGUAUUACGGUAGUUAUCUAAAAGCGGGAAAUGUUCCCGAAUACUAUAAAUUAUAAUAGUACACACGUGGGUGAAGAUACGUUCAAUGCACUGCCUACCUACAGGUUCAUCUAUGAUAGUUAAGGGGAGGGUUGUAUUGUCAGACUGCGUGGAGGAAAUAAAGUGUUAAAGUUUCUGGAAUUUCGAAUUGUGAUAUUGAUUUAUAAUGUUUUGGGAUAACUUGUUGCAGCACUACGUACAUGUUGUCGGCACGUUAUGUGAAUAGGCGCAUAGCGACGUCUCGUAACAAAAAUUCAAACGAGUCCUAGUAGUUUUUGGAUUAAAAAUAAAUGUUUAAAAAAUAAGAGCACCGACAAUAGCGUUACGUACUCAGACUCCGGACCGUACUCGUUGUUACGUCGCGUACGGUGCACGACAAAUGUUACGAGAAAAAAGUUUAUUUUUCAACCAUUCAAGUCUUCAGUGAUUUAAAACAGCGUGUCGGACCUACUAUGUAUAAUUUUAUUUAAUAAUGUUUAUUUGCGUGUACAACGUAAUGUAGUAAAACUAGAUUUUUUAAAAUAUAUGUAAUUUAUUUAAUUUA